AUGGUUCCUGUUCUUCCAACACACCUUGCCACUGUCUCCCUUCUCUCCUUUGUCGCACUAGUCUCGAGCGCUGCAAAUCGAGACAUCCUGCGGCCAGGAACCUCUCUCGCCAUCGAAGCCUACCAAAGUGAGAUCCUGCAAUCACCGGAUGGCACCUUCUCCUGUGGCUUCUAUGGCGUCUAUGACAACGCCUUCACCUUCUCAAUAUGGUACUCCAAGGCAGCCAACAAGACCGUCGUCUGGAGUGCGAACCGCGACCGGCCCGUCCACUCCAGGAGGUCAGCCCUGACCUUGCACAAGGAUGGCAACAUGGUCCUCACAGAUUACGAUGACGCGGUUGUGUGGCAAGCUGAUGAUGAUGGCAACUCCCGCAGAAAUGUUCAGCAUGUUCAGCUGCUGGACACUGGGAAUCUCGUAAUGAAGAACACCAGCGGCACGAUAAUAUGGCAAAGUUUUGAUUCACCGACAGACACGCUCCUACCAGCCCAGCGCAUCACGGCUGCGACAAAGUUGGUCCCAACAACCCAGUCACGUGCUCCUGGUAACUACAUCUUCCGUUUCAAUGAUAUAUCAGUGCUAUCACUUAUAUAUGAUGUUCCUGAGGUUUCGGAUAUAUACUGGCCAAACCCUGAUAACAGUGUGUACGAAAAUAACAGAAGCCGGUAUAACAGUACUAGAUUGGCAAUUCUAGACAAUAAUGGGAUCCUUGCAUCUAGUGAUUUUGCUGAUGGAGUGCUACUUAAGGCCUCUGAUGCAGCGCCAGGGAUUAGGAGAAGGCUAACUCUUGACCCUGAUGGUAAUCUCCGGCUGUACAGCCUGAACGACUCAGAUGGGGUGUGGUCAGUUUCAAUGGUAGCAAUCUCCCAACCUUGUACUAUCCAUGGUAUAUGCGGUCAGAAUGGAAUCUGUCAUUACUCGCCUGAACCAAUGUGUUCAUGCCCACCGGGUUAUGUGAUGACCAACCCGGGUAACUGGACCCAAGGCUGCACGGCUAGUUUCAACAUACCAUGUCAUGAUCAGGAACCUAUGAAGUUUGUGAAACUCCCGCACACGGAUUUCUGGGGAUCUGAUCAGAAGCGCCUUCUGGGAGUUUCCUUUGAGGCUUGUAGGAACAGUUGCAUCAAUGACUGCACCUGCAAAGGCUUUCAAUACCAGCAAGGUGCAGGGUCAUGCUACCCGAAAGCUCUUCUUUUCAAUGGAAAGAGCUGCGCGACACCCAGCGUGCGAACAAUAUAUCUCAAACUUCCUGCCAGGUUGAGUGUUUCAGGUACACCUAUUCCUCAGUCCAAUGUAUUGGAUCCCGCGCCUCCUCGUCUCGACUGCAAUCAGAUGAGCAAAGGAAUCAGACAUCCAUUUCCAGAUUUGCGCAAAACUGGGGAUGAAGAAUUAAAUUGGAUCUACCUUUACAGUUUCAUAGUUGCAAUUUUUGUUUUUGAAGUUUCUUUCAUGACAUUCGCAUGGUUCUUUGUCUUGAGAAGAGAGAUGAGGCCAUCAGAAAUGUGGGCUGCUGAGGAAGGUUACAGGGUGAUGACUAGCCAUUUUCGAAGAUACAGUUACAGAGAGCUUGUUGAGGCAACAAGAAAGUUCAGAGUUGAGCUAGGAAGGGGAAGCUCAGGCACUGUGUAUAAAGGUGUCCUAGAAGAUGAAAGGCCAGUGGCUGUGAAGAAGCUGGAAAAUGUAAGUCGAGGCAAGGAAGAGUUUCAAGCUGAGCUGAGCGUAAUUGGGAGGAUCUACCACAUGAAUUUGGCCAGAAUAUGGGGGUUUUGCUCAGAAGGGUCACACAGGCUGUUGGUUUGUGAGUACGUGGAGAACGGAUCCCUGGCAAACAUUUUGUUCAAUGACCAAAAGACUGUCGUGCUGGACUGGAAGCAAAGGUUUAAUAUCGCAUUGGGUGUCGCGAAAGGAUUGGCCUAUCUUCACCAUGAGUGCUUAGAAUGGGUCAUCCAUUGUGAUGUGAAACCUGAGAAUAUAUUGUUGGACACAAACUUUGAGCCUAAGAUCACUGACUUUGGGUUGGCAAAGUUGCUAAACAGAGGCGGAGCCACACAGAACAUGUCGCAGGUACGAGGAACAAUAGGUUACAUAGCUCCUGAGUGGGUUUCAAGCCUCCCAAUCACGGCGAAAGUCGAUGUUUAUAGUUACGGAGUUGUUUUGCUUGAGCUUUUAUCUGGGACAAGAGUUUCAGAGCUGGCUGUAGGUUCAGGUGCAGAGGUGCAUGGCAUGCUGCAGAAGCUUGUCAGGGUGCUUGCUGAUAAACUGGGAGGACAUGAAGAAUCAUCGAUUAAUGAAUUUGUUGACCCUGAAUUGGGUGGACGAUUCAGCUAUGUCCAAGCAAGAACAAUGAUCAAGUUGGCUGUUUCCUGCUUGCAGGAAGAUAGAAACAAGAGGCCAACCAUGGAAUCUGUAGUUCAGACUCUCCUGCCGUUUGACGAAGCUAGUAGUUAG